AUGGCCAAAACUCGAGGAAGACCGGCAAAGAAAGCCGAGAAAGAAACGGAGGAAAAAACAGUCGUUUCCACCGACCAAAAAGUCCAAUUGAACCCCGACGUCGCCAAUCCUCCACAGCUUUUUAUAUUACCAGAAAACCUCAGCGAAGAAGCUCGAAUAAUCCAAAUUGAAAAUUCACGUCAUUCUACGAACAGUCCUUAUGUCGUCUGCCCCAAACGCGGUUUCUUUGAACUUACAAAGGUUUCUGCGCCGAAAUCGACUCCUCGAAGUUGGCUCUUAUCAGGGGACCAUUCCGAGGACUCGAAGGCAAAUGGGGCAGAUAUCAAGCAGACAGAAAGCAAGGGAGAGACAGUAGAUCAAUUUUCAACAAAAGGCUACGUGCUACGAAAUGCCAAUUUAAUGGUAGCCACACCAAUCGAUGCGUUAUUUCUCAUAUUACCGGCUCUCACUCCUAAAUCAGCUGCCAAAGCCUCGGGAAAGAAGCUAUUCCUUUCUGGAGAGGAUUACUUGGAUAAAAUGGCAUCCGCCUCGCCCGAACUUGCGCCCCUUCUACGGAACGAAUCAUUGCGGUCAUUGAUAGAGAAGCGUAUGGCUGUUGUAUGCGACACAGUCGAAGCAGGAGAUGAGACAAUGUACAGGGUCAAUGAGGGGAAGAUUCUCACAGCAUUGCUACAAAAGGCAAAGAAGAUGACCAAGCAGGGACUGCCUCCAAGUAUGGAGGAGAAGUUUGUGAGGAAAGCCCUUGAGGUCCCGACUCUUAUUAUUGCCUGUGAGGAGGAAGAGGAUGCGGUCAAACCCGCCAACUCUGCAAUCUCGACACCUCCUACGGAAACCCCAGAUACACAGUCCACCAUCACUUCAUUUGAGAGCACGACAAGCUCUGUUUCGCAAGCUUCCACUGCUGCUACAUCACUCUCAGGAGACUCUUCUGUUACUGUUACGGCCAACAAGAAAAGCCUACUGCCACCCAUCACUGCCCCUGAUGGGGUGGCAGAUCUCCUAAGACUCCGGACUGCCAUGUCAUUCCUCUGCUCAAAAUAUAUGGCACCAUAUAUGAGCGAGUCUAUCAAAAAGCUUGCAUCAUCGCCCGAGACCGGUACUGACUUUGCCCCCCUCGAUGCCCAUAUCGCAGAUUUGGCCAAGCUCCGACAAGAAGCCAUUGCCGCGAGAUCAUUGGGUGAUGCCUCGAGGAAACGAGGGUUCGAAGAUGACGAAGGGGACGGAGAAGGACGAGCCGAGAAGAAGCGGAAAAAGGAAGAGGAUGAAAAGAGGAAGAAAGCCGGAGAGAGUAGAGGUGUGAAGACUCUAAAGAAAGUCAAUGUUAGCGGGAUGAAGAAAAUGAGCGACUUCUUCAAAAAGAAGUGA